AUUUGAAUAAAUAAUUAGCAAGAAAUCACAAUAUUGCAAAAUGGCGGGGGAUAACUCUUCGGAUUGUUAUUGUGGAGAUAUUCUCAAGCUACUUGAUUUGGGCACUCAUGAAAAGAUUGAAUUGCAAAAAGAACAUGUAUGGAUUCUGUACAACUACACACAAGCCUUUCUCCACAGGCAAUGCAAUUGUGUCUUCAAGGAAUAUAAGAACUUUGAGCAGCUGAAUAGCUUGGUUCAGCUCGUCCUCCGACUUGCAAUUAAUAUCAUCUCUUCGUGGCACCAAUCAAGGGAGAACGAUGAAGAAGAGCGGAGAAAAGGAAAAGAAGACAAGACAGAGGAUCCAGGAAAGGAGGUUAGCGAGACUGACCCUGGAGCGUCCUGCAAAGAGGACGACACAGAACUGCCUAUUGCAGAGGACACUGUCAAAGACAAGUGUGAUGAUAGUGUGAAAGACAAAGAAAAGAGCAGUGAUGGAACAACUGAAGAUGGAAAAACUGGUGAUGUGAAAAAGAAGGAGGAGGAGGAAAGGAAAGAUGGAAAUGAAGAGGGCAUGGAGGAAGAGAAGGGUGUUAACACCACUGAGGAUGGGGAUGAUGUUCCAAGGGAUGGUGAGAAGAAGGCGUCCAGGUGUAGAACACCGGAGGAGAGCAAUCGUCGGGCGGAAGAUGAGGAUUGGACGCAGGAGGAGAAGGAGAGGUUAUUGCAUCUUGUUGCCAAAGUUUUUCACAUGACCUUCCCAUUGUAUUCAGCACAUAAACAGUACUACCAUGGUGUCACAGAUGAGCUGUCACCACAAGAAUCAGAAGCACUGGGAAACUACUGUGACACAAAUGAUUUAGAUGUCAGUCUCCAUCUAUUGCGGAAUGUAUGUUUCUUCUGUGACAGCAAUGGAUUGGUGAAGAUGAGGCAGUGCUUCCAACAAUCUACUCCUGAGACACUGCCAUUCUCCUCAGCGCAUGCAAUGUUCACUGUCGUUACUAAUCUGAGGAUGUGGCUGCACUUACAUGCCAUCAUGCAAUUUGUUGUCCCCCUGAGAACUCACAUAAUAAGAUAUCUGUGUAAGUUGCCCGACAAGGAGCUUCGAGGAAAUGGAGCUCGGCACAUGGCUGAUAUGAUGUGGAGCGCCAUCAAGGAGCCAGUAGAGAGCCCUCUAUGUUUCGAUCAGGACAGUCUGGAGCUUGCUUUCAAGUUUUUCACAUCGGCUACCCUCACCAUGAGGCUAACUGGCUUAGGUCAAAUCACUAAUCAAAUCCAUAUGUUCAACGAGGUUUAUCACAAUGAAUCAGUCACGGAUGUAGAAAAUAUGGGCUCUGAACUGACAAAAUGGCUGCUAGAGAGGGAAAUCGUUGAGCAUAUAUUUGGUCCCAAUAUGCAUGUGGAGAUUAUCAAGCAAUGCCAGGUGAUCCUGAAUUUCCUUGCUAGUGACGGCGCCCUCACCCUAAAGCACCUGGACACCGUGUGGGCGGCGGCCCAGCUGAAGCAUUCUGGUCGCUACGUCCACGAUCUCUUCCCCCAUCUCAUCAAACAUCUUGAAUCGCGUCCCCUUCUCCAUCUCAUGCAGCUGGUCUCUAAACUCCAUCCAUCUGAACACACUGAACAGACACUCUACCUAUCCCAGGUGAUCACCAAGUGUGUUUGGGACAAUGCCCUGUCAACGAGAGCCAUGGCAGCGACCACAUCCCAUCCCAGAAGAUUGCUGCCUUCUGUCCAAGUCUCACCCACCACCCAAGACUUCCCGCUACUCAAGAGCAGUCUGGAGAAAGGCAGAUUACCUCUAUCAAUGGGUGGUAACCGGAACAACAGUAGAACUUUAGAAUUCCAAGGUAUUAGACCAGAUGAAGAGGAGAGCCCUUGCCAUAGAUGUCUACAUUGUGAUCAACAUACUGAUGAGGAGGAGCAUCUGGAUGUGGUUGGUCUUGACCCAUCCCAUCUGGAGGAUCAUUCUUCAGAUGUUAUGUGCCAUCACGACCUUGAUGACCACCGCUCAGUACAUUCCCACAGCUCGAAGACAAGCCAUGCCGAUUCAUGGCGGUCAGAGGGUGAGAUGGCCAUUUGCCACGCCCAUCACAAAACAUCCCGCCAUCCUUCGUCCCUCUGCGCCUCUGAUCAGGACGACUCGGACAGCAUUGAUUCAGAGAACGAGGCGAUGGCAACAAGUCCUGAUCAGACAGACAGCGGAAGCGACGGUUCUGAAGGUAGCUAUGAGGACAAAGGCGUGCCACUAGGGAGUGACUAUGAAGACGUUAGCAAUGGAAGUGAUAUGGAGAUGGAAGGUGAGAGGGCUGUUUUGAGGAGAGAUGGGAAUAGACAUGUCCUCAAACAGUUGGCGAAGACACUUAGGCAUGGUAAGGAUCAUCAUCAUCACAUGGAUACUGGCAGUGAGCAGGGAGGAGAUAGCUCUGAUUCCAGCCCAGGUAUGGAGUACAAGAAGGUCCAAGGAGAUUUAGUGCUCUCUCCUAGUGACCUGAACCGCAGCCCUGUCAAGCUUGUCCAUGAACUACCAGUGAGGGGCAAGUUGCCAACCAUCGAUGAGUCGCCCGAGUCAGAGCCCCAUGGGCUUCCCCAUGAUCCUCACCAGACAGUGGAGUACUUUCAUGGUCCAAGCAGCAUGGAUCCAGAGAUCUAUGACUGUCCAAGGUUCCUUCCUAGACCUAGGCCAAUUAGGAGACCUAUGAUGAACCUGAUAUACCCUCAGCAUCAUCAUGAUGACGAUGACGAGGAUGAUGAUGAGGAGGGAGGUGGAAGCUGCAGCAGCUCGCAGGCCAGCGCCAAAUCGGACAAGAACAUGGCAGACUUCGACGGGGAAGAUGAGGAGGAGGACGAAUCCAGCUCUGUCUGCGAGGACGCCCUGGCGCAGCUCAGUGCCCAGCUGAGUCAGUUUGACCAGCAUCCUGACCAUCCGCACCAUCGCCACCACCACCAUCAUCACCAUCAUCCUCACAGGUUACAGGCCCAUGUCAAGGGAAGGCAGAGACCCAUUGCCAAUGUUUCACCCGUGCAAAGAACCAGACUCUCCAGUUCAUGCUCAACGCAUCGUGAGGAUGAUGACGAGGAUGGUCAAAUCAUUCCGUUUGAAGAUUUCAGAUUUGAGGACGUCUGCAAGCAAUCUCACACUCUACUCUGGGACCUUGUACAGGAUGAUAGUGCUGUUCAUUUAGGUGAUGGUCUGUCCUCCGAAGCUGAAAAGCUACUCUGUUCUCUGGUUUGUGUGUUUCCUGAGAGAGAAAUUAGAAUGAGAUUUGUAGAAGGUUGUCUAGAAAAUCUUAAACAGCACAGGUCUGUGGUUGUAUCUCUUCGUCUUAUACCAAAGCUCUUUGCAUCCUUCCAGCAGUACCGUAACAACUACAACACACAUUGGAUUACUAUGUGGGCAGAGAGAGAACUAGGCAUGAUGAAUCUAUUCUUUGCUGAUCUACUCCAUUACACAGGCCAAGUCAGGCUGGCAAAGAAACAGGAAAAGCAGCUAUACACUCACAAGACUGAGAUCCAAACCAGACUUCAGUUCUUAACCUGUGUGUUCUCAACAGGAGGCUCUCCAGACCAUUUCAGGUUGACUCUUGAUCAGGUGGAUACAUUAUGGUCAUGUUUAGCCUUGGAUUCUGACUGUUCUGAUGAGGCUCUCAACUGGUUCUUACAACAAGCUAACAACAAGGACCAGCAUGCACUAGGAUUAGAGAACUUCAAGCAUAUAUUCUUCCACAAGAUGCCGCAGCUAGAACCAGAUAGCAUUAGUAUGACCGGACUAAACCUUUUCCAGCAGCUGUGUAGUUUAGCUAGAUUAGCUAGCUCUGCUUCCUACAACAGUCCAUCCGUAGAGAUGCCAGGUAUAGAUCAUUUGUGGAAGAUUGCACUUAGAGCAAAGAACACAGAUGUUAGUCUUUCAGCAAUCCAGUACAUCAAUUCAUAUUACAUCAACGCUGGUAAUGGUACCCUUGAGAAGGAAGAAGAGUUUAUUGAGAGAUGCAUGGAAAGUUUAUCCCAAGCAUCGGCUGAUCUUGACUCUUCUCUCGAUGCUAGUCUCCUGGUCUUACAGAGAGGGCUCAUUCUACUUAAAACUCACCUUGAAGCUUUCAGAAAAAGGUAUGCUUACCAUCUACGUCAAUGGCAGCUGGAGGGGUGUGGUAUUGUCAGCCAUCAGAAACAUCUACUCGACAGUCAGGCAGCUACCAUUAGAAUCCUAUGCCAAAUAGCAUCUGUGCCAGAGAAGUUCACCAUUGAGAUGAAUGUGGCUGACCUUGUCGCUGACCUGAGGGCAGAGGUCACCCAUUUCUGCAGUAACGUCCUACAGCAGCAGUCCAGCGACAACAACGGCCAGAUGGCAUCGCUCUAUGCAACCUCUGUACCCGAUGACAAGAGCGGGGGUUCAGAUCCCCAGCAGCCACAGCCGCAGGGAGAUGACCAGGGACUGUCGUCCAUCAUUCCUGGUCCUGUCAGGAUGUUGUCCGCAGGACAUGAGCUGAUACCAGAUCUUGAUGAGAAGACCUUGAAAGAAAUGAGUUUCAGUGAUGCAAGGGUGGUGUUUGUAUCAUUUGGUGCCAUGAGGAGAGAGCGUAAGCGUGAAGGGGCCGAUCAACCGGCGUCGUGCUUGCCUCCACCUCCACGAGAGAAACUACCCAUGAUGCUCUUGCUAGAAGAGCCCCAUUUCAGCUGCCUCUUCCAUCUUCUUCAGCAACUGAAUGAACUCAAAUGUGAUGGCAAACAGGAGGAAGAGUCCGAAAGAGACCUUGAGAGCCGAGCACAGAUGCUGUCAAGGAAUGUUUGGGAUCUUCUAAUGCUCUUACCUACCAGCCCUGAUGUACUCAACGGCUUCAAGACCUUACCUGCUAUCAAGCUCAACCCCAGCAAAGCAAAGGCAGUGGUCAGCAAGACCAAGGCAUCUCAGUCAUCAAAGAAUGGAGAUGACAAGGAGGAUUUAAAUGGGACGCCCUCUGGAGGUGAACUCGCACCAGUAGACUGGGGCAAACUGCUGACAGAAAACAAGCCCCACAAGCUUCUCUACUCCCUUCAAAUCAUCGAGGCCCUUGGGCAACCUAGCAAGAAACAGCGUAGCAAAUCUGUGGCUUCUCUAGGAUCCAGUGAGCACUCCUCCAGCAUGGCAGAUAUGGCAGCAAUGAAGGUAAAAAAGAGUAAAAGUGACACCAAUGUAUAUGACAUGGAAAGUGAUGUAGAUGCCCUCACACAAAGACCAUGGAGUACGAUGUUUAUCAGUUGUGGAGGUCUGAAGCAUCUAUUUGGUAUCUUUAUGUCAGCUUGUCUGGAGACGCGGGAUGACACCCAGUGGAAUUUUUGGGAGCAGGAAUGCCUAGCAUCUGUCCUGAAGCUCAUCAAUGAGUUUGCAUCGGAGGAAGCGUUGAAUGAACCCAGUAGUGAUCUAGAUGAAGUCUUUGAUGAACCACCCUCGUCUUCCUCAUCGUCCAGUGAGGAGGUACCAAGGAAGAGGGCCAGGACAGCAGCGAGACAAAGGAAGGAUAGUACAGACUCUGGUAGACUCACCGUCAGGUUCUCUGCUAAAAUGCAGGAGCUGCUAGCCCAACCUGGUGUGUUAGAGAGGCUAAUGGGUGUAUUAUACAAAGCUGCUUCUCCUGGGGACUCCACUCUUGUGCAGGCAGGUUACUGGGUUGUACAUUAUGCAAUGAAGUUGUUGGUGUCAUGGGCAUCCACAGACCCGGAAGUAAAGAUGGCUAUUGGUCAGUAUGAGAAGCUUGACCAGUGGUUACGAAGGCUAACACUUCAGACCAAUGAGAUCUACAUCAGACGAGAGGUGUGUGAUGGUCUGUUCAGACUGUGUGAAGGCCUUGACCCAUCCAGUCAACAUUUCUUAUGGUCUCUACUCAGAAGUCUCUUCACUUCAUUAGAUACAGCACUCAACCUACAACCAAAAAAGGGAAGUGACAAGAGCUGCGAUGACAGUAUCCCUAGUUGCCGUGACUACUUCUGGCUCCUGUGUCUGUUGAUGGACAACCUCCAUUGGCAGGGAGACAGUCCCCAUGCUAGUGGGGUUGGGGUUGGAGCAGGCAGGAUUGACCCAGAGAAGGUCAAUGCUGAGCUAGACUCCUUCACCUCACUGCUCUCCCAGAAGAUUGAAAGCCGUCCCAUCCUGGAAGGUCGUCAUAGCACUGUAGAGGAUUUAGCUCUAGCUGGUCUCAUCAAGCUAUGUACAGCAGCUGUUAAACACAAUCCACCAUUCAAGUUCAGUGAAGGUGGACAGAAGUUUGUAGAGACUGUCUUUGACUGCCUGUUCUCACUGCCGACCCCCGGACACCAGAAUCUACCCAAGUGCAAAUCAAGAACCAGUCGACUGGCAGGAUUUGAUCUCCUUCUAGAGCUGGCUAGAGAAUGCCAGGCAAACUAUACACUGCUUCACAAGCUAAUGUUCCAGCAGCAUGCGCCAAACACCCAUCCGCCCUAUCCCUGGGAAUACUGGCCCCAGGAUGACAGUCGAUCAUCAUGUGGUUACGUUGGUCUGACUAACCUUGGUGCAACCUGCUACAUGGCUUCCUGUAUGCAACAACUCUUCAUGAUGCCUGAGGCUAGAGCUCCCAUCCUGCAAGCAAAGGUAAGUGAGGCAAACAAGCACGCCAGCAUCUUGAGUGAGACUCAGCGGAUGUUUGCCUAUCUCCAGGAGAGCGAGAGGAAGGCGUACAACCCUCGUAGCUUCUGCAGGGUGUACACCAUGGACAAGCAGCCCCUGAACACAGCAGAACAGAAGGAUAUGACAGAGUUCUUUACUGAUCUCAUCAGUAAGAUGGAGGAAAUGACUCCAAGACUGAAAAACACUGUAAGUAGCCUGUUCAAAGGAGAGCUGACAAACAAUGUUGUAUCCUUGGACUGCCCUCACGUGAGUCAGACGACAGAGGAGUUCUUUACCGUCAGAUGCCAAGUGGCUGAUAUGAAGAAUCUUUACGAAUCUUUGGAUGAGGUAACAGUGAAGGACACACUAGAAGGAGAUAACAUGUACACCUGCUCACAGUGUGGCAAGAAAGUUAGAGCUGAGAAGAGAGCUUGCUUCAAGACACUGCCCAAGAUCUUAUCUUUCAACACCAUGAGGUAUACUUUCAACAUGGUGACCAUGAUGAAGGAGAAAGUGAACACCCACUUUUCCUUUCCAAGGCAACUUGACAUGUCAGGCUAUACAGAGGAGGCGCUCAUUAGCAAAGGCAGGGGGUCGGAUGUAGCAUCAACUAGCAGCAGUCAACCACCCCAGAGCUAUCUCUACGAGCUGAUUGGUGUGACUGUUCACACUGGGACGGCUGAUGGCGGCCAUUACUAUAGCUUCAUCCAGGAUCGUGUUCACCGUGACCAGGAAGAAGAUCGUUGGUUCAUGUUCAAUGAUGCAGAAGUCAAGCCCUUUGACCCUAAGCAGCUGCCUGCUGAGUGCUAUGGAGGCGAGAUGACGACCAAGACAUAUGACUCUGUAACGGACAAGUACAUGGAUUUCUCCUUUGAGAAGACUCACAGUGCGUACAUGCUGUUCUACAAGCAGUGUGACCCGGAAGAAGAAGAGCCCAAAGAGAAAGUCAAACCACCUGAGACCACUGUAGACCUCUCAAAGGAGAUAGCAGAGUGGAUUUGGGAGGAUAAUACCAGGUACCUACAGGAUAGUUACAUCUUUGAUCUCAACUACAUGAAUUUCAUGUGGCAGGUUUGUAACUUCCUACCAGCGACCUUGCCCAACCCGCAGGAAGUACAACUCAUUGCUUCUAAGCUGACUACAUCGUUCAUGUUGGAAACAUUAAUCCAUUCUAAGGAGAAACCUAACACCAAGCAAUGGAUGGAGUUAAUGACCAAUCAGUUCCAUACAUGCCCCUUAGCAUGUGAGUGGUUCCUAGACUACAUGGCGACAGAUGAUUGGUGGCCUCAGCAAAUCCUCAUCAAGUGUCCUAUACAGACCUGCAGACAGUUGUUCCAGAGGCUAUGUAUUCAUGUGAUCAGACAGCUGAGAGAGAAACAUGCACCACUCUAUCUUCAUGCUGUCAUAGAAGGCAAUCAUGAUGAGCAUGAUAUUCAACCUGAUGAGAUUGGCAAUGUGUCAUGUGUGACGAGAUUCAUCAAGAAACUCCUUCUAGUGAUCUCUGUUGGAGUUCGACCACAAUGCAAGCACCUGACAGAGUACUUCUCUGUUCUCUAUGAUUUUGCAAAGAUUGGUGAAGAUGAGGCUCAAUUCCUGACAUCCGUGGAGGCUAUAUCCAUAAUGGCAAACUUCUAUCUGGGAACCAAAGCAGCUGAUUAUGUGGAGGUCAUUUCCGACGAUGAGAAUGAUGAUGAAGACGAUGAUGAUGACGUCAUAUCUCUGACAGAAGAUAAGUACAAGCCAACAUCGUUGGAGAAGAUGAUCUCUCUGAUAGCAUAUCUGGUAGAGUCCUCCAGGACAGACCGAAGAUUGCUUCUCUCUCAUAAUGACUAUGCUGUGCUCGUUGGAGGAAAGGGUUUUCCAUUCCUGUUUCAACAAAUCCGAGACAACAUCAAUCUUCAGCAGACAAGGAAUCUUAUCUUCAGACUCACUCGCUUCCAACCCAAAUUGGCUGAACAGCUCAUCUCCAUGAUAUUCAAUGCAAUCAGCAAGCUCAGUCCAGAGGCUGGUAUCCCAUUCUUCAAGAUGCUAUCCCUACUGGUUGAACCUGUACCACCAGGAUGUUCCUCCUUCACACCUAUCAUCCUUCAAAGAAUAUGGGAUAUCUCUGAGUACAACCCGCAGCAGGUCCUGGACUGGUUAGCAGCCCAGGUCCCAAGGAACAAGCUAGCCCAUCAUUGGGUUCUACAUCAUAUAGACAGAUGGGUGGAGAUGUUCCUCAUUCAUCAGAACAACAGGGUCCGAAAUGCUGCUGCCUUCCUGCUGAUCUCCCUGGUACCUGAUCCUCACUUCAGACAAUCAUUCAGAUCAGCUAGAUCACUCCAUAGUCCACAGAGAGAGAUCAGACUGGCUCCAGAGUCUCUGAUGGUGUUACAUCAAAUAUACUCACUGCUCCUAUCACUUCUCCCCAGAGCUAAACACUAUGUUGAUGUAACAGCCCAUGGUACUUCUAAGCUGGUAGCUUACUUUGCUGUACUCAAUCAUUGCCUUAUCUCUAGAGCUGAGAAGAGAAUGUUCUCUGCCCAUUUCAUGGAUCUGUGGAAUCUGUACCAACCUAAGUUAUCUGAGCCACCCAUCUCAUGCAACCACAACAAACAGGCUCUGUUACAGUUUUGGUACAAUGCCUGUGUAGAAUAUCCAGAAAACGUAGAACUCAUCAUAACCAACCACACCGUUAUGAAGCACAUCCCAUACAACUACAUUCUUGCCGAUCAUGAUGAUCAAGAAGUGGUGGUAUUCAAUCGUAUCAUGCUGCCAGCGUACUACGGUCUCCUGAGGUUAUGCUGCCACCAGAGUCCACAGUUCUCAAGAAUGCUUUCAACACAUCAAAACAUGCAAUGGGCUUUCAAGUAUCUCACUCCACAUGCUAACCAGUAUCCUAUGGUUGUUGAAGAGUUGUUCAGGAUGAUGAAGCUGUUUGUAACAAGACGAGGUGACAUUGAUGAUGAAGAGGAACACAUUACAGAGUUCAAGAAGAUGACACUCCUCUGCUAUCUGGAGUGUCUGGAAAGGAGCUCAUGCUGGACAACACUCAUUAGUGCCUUCAGGUUAUUAAUAGAGAAUGAUGAAGACAGGUCAGUGGUUCUUAGUAAGCAAGGAUUGAGCAGACUAGCUGAUGCCUUCUUCACCCUUCAUAUGAUGUACCAUGAGGCCACAGCUUGCCAUGUAGCGUGUGAGCUGGUUGAAUUACUCUCAACAACAAAUGCUGUCUUGAGAGUGGCCAUUCAACAACAAGACUUGAAAGAAGUGAAGCAGUCACUACUUCAGUUUCCCGAGAGGAUGGACUUUGCACACAAGCUUCUCACGUUACUCAACUCAUACACCCCAGAUAAUGUCAGGGCUGAGUGUGUCGGUGUCCUUCACAGCAUGGUGACCUUGUACCCACAUGACUUUGUUCAGAGGGUAGUACCACUGAUGCACCAUGCUCAUCGCCAGUUCCAACAGCAGUCUAACAUUUCAGUUGUAUCAUCUGGGCCCUACUUUCCAAGAAGGAUGCCCAAACCGCUCUUGAACAAGGCAACGUUGAGGGCGCCCCGUCCUGAGCUGCAGAUGUUCCUUCAUCCGAGUCAGCUGGAAACAUCACAUGGAGCUGAUCUGGAGUACGAUAAGACACUACUAGAUUUCUUUGGUCCUUAUCACAACCUUGUUGAGACGUUAUGCUAUGCAGCCAUGCAUAACAAGAUGCUCACGGAGGAGAUCAUAGGGCUUAGUGUACUGGUAGCAUAUGAAGGUAUCCCACUGCAGCUGGACUGGUUUGCCAAAUUUUGGAAGACCAUCUAUCAUACACAGGGUAGCGAGAGGGACUCUAUUCAGCUGCUAUGUAGCUUACAGUCCUUCCAUGACUAUGUAGAGAGUGUACUCCUAGAUGAACGAACAUUCCUCAACAAUGUACAUGUCACUUCAUUUUUCUGUAUAUUCUUCCCCAGGGUGUAUCAACAUAUUCUGUGCAAUAACUGGGACACGGUGGUCAAGACUAUAUGCAACAAUGUGUUAGCAGAACAAGAAGAUAUAGCUGGUUAUGACAGACAUCAGCUAGCCAUCGCAGCUUACAAGCUCAAUGGGGACUUGAGAGCUCUCCUGCAGAUGUUCUCUGUGGUACUUCCUGUGCAGCACAACCCAGCCCUAUUACCCUCCCUCAAGCACAUUCUUGAAGUUUGUAAGAGACAUCAACCCACCCCAACUCUUAAGCAGACACGUCCUCUUGUCAAGAAACACAGGUCGUCCUCCUCCACGUCGUCAUCCUCAUCGUCUUCGAGCUCGUCAUCGGAUGAGUUUGAAGUGGAGGAGCCAUCGCCAAAGGGUGAGAGCUCUGAGGCGGGGAUGGCCAAGGAGAACUCUUGUGGAGAAGAUGAGAAAUCGUCCAAGAGGAAGGGAAGUAAUGAUGGAAAGAAGGAGAUUAGAGCGGAAGAAGAGAAAGAGAAGAAAGAUGCCAAACAAACCCAGAGUACUUCAGAUGACAGUAUACCAAGCAAGAGGCGGCGUCUCAGCCAAGACUUGAAACAUCCACCAAAGGACCAAAAAGGAGACUUAAAAACCUUGAAACCAGGAGUUCUUAAAGUUCCAAAGAAGGAAAGUGACAUCAAAGACUCGGACAAUACCGAGAGCAGGAAAGCCCCAGUGGUCAAGGACGUUAAAAAUAGCAAAAAGAGAACUGCAAGUGAAUCGCUUGACCAGAAAGUUGAGGAAGAUGGGGAGGAUGACGCUAAAGUACCGCAAUCACCCGAUAUGCCAUCAGCAAGUCCUCAACCUCCAUUGCUGUCACCGCGAUCACCCACAGAGGCUCCAGGACAGAGUUCUUCAGCUGCUUCACCCACGGGUCAAAGCGCUGGCCCAUCGACGCCUCCAGAGGUUGGAGAACCAAGACUAGUAGGACCUAAAUCAAGGAAACAGGAUCCUGUUGGUACUUUCAUCAAGAGUUUAGAAAUGCUUAUUAAUUUUCUCAAAGAUCGCAAUGCCAGUUCACCGACUUGAGGUCUGUCAGGUGAUGUCGGAGGUUCAGUUUUACAGUUUGCCUUGACCCGUAGGGCAAUCAGGUGAUGUGUCCUAUGAAAUUGGUAUAUACUAUCAUGAUUGGCCUACCUGGUAAUCCGAUGUAUCUCUUUCCAUGGAAAGAUCAACCUUUUGUUUAACAAUUCCAUGUACUAUGGCAAUGGAGAAGACUUGUGAGCAAUCACUGCCUUCUAGAUGUGAAGUCGCUCUGUAUUACAGUCCAGUAGACAAAAAUGAGGGGAGACUGGUCGUUUUUAACUAGCCAUUUUAAAAAGAUGCACAUGAUUUAUUAUAGAGUCCUGUGUAUGAUUUUUUUUUAAACUAAUAUUUUUGUUGUGUCAGAAGAAUUGUAAGUUUUUUUUAUUGUUGUGAGAGAAUGGUUUUUGAUCCCCGUGCUGAACAUGCAAAGCUGGCAUCACAAAGAAUAGGUCAGACUGGAUGAUCAUACAUGAAGAUUAAGAAAAUAUCCAAACAUGUUCAAUUGGCCGUAAGUGGUGUGUGAUUACUUGCCCAAGAGUUAUGCAGAAGUUAAUUGCAGACUAUUCUGAGUUCAGAGUACUCUGAUUAUUUAUCGACAUCUCUUUUUUCCGAUCACACAGAUUGCCUUUGUUGCGGAGAAAGAUACAUAAAUCAAGGAAGCCCGAAUAUUUUCUGGACGGUAAAUAGUUCUUACUUCAUAUGAAAGAAAUUAUUCUCUAAUGGAAGUACAUUCCAUUUUUUUCCCCUCUUAGAUAAGGAUUACAGGACGCAUCUUUGAAUUCUUUAUUUAUGACACGAGAUGAAGUCGUAAAUUCCGAUUUGGGUUAGACGCAGUGGCAAGUUAUUUUAUUCAAUACGUUGGUGUAGUUUAUUUUUAUGUCCUUGUAUAGAUAGAAAAUGACAAAUCCCAUAUAAGUGUCAUUUAGGGGAGUGCUUCAAGAAAAGUUUGUUAGCGAUUUUUAUGAGCUACUGUAAAUCCUAGCGUAUGAUUGGCCGGAAGCAAAUAAGUCAGCUGGUGAAAGUGUAGUCUUCGUAAUGGUAAAAAUUGCAUUUGUGUCAGAGGAGACGUGUCAAAAGGCUACAGAUAUCCUUGAAAAUUUAGCAACCAAUUCAUCGGUGUAACUUGUAUUUAUUUUCAGGUCUGUAGUGUGUUGUUGAUAUGACUGGUAUGAGUAAGUUACAUAUUCAUUGUAGCCUUCCCAGGGUAACAAAAAAGGCUGCCUAUCUGAAAAUAUCCACAUAAUGUAGACAAGGUUUUUUCAGAAUGUAUAAUCAAAGUGCAUUUUGCCUUCAAAUUGUUUCAUAAAACUGUUGAUUCUGAUAUGUUAAAUUGCCUAAUGAAUUCUGAUCAUAGUAUUUGAUUCUAUUUUCUAUUUUUUGUCUCACCUGCAUAGCAGAGUGAGACUAUAGGCGCCGCUUUUCCGACGGCAACGUCAACACCAAAUCUUAACCGAAGGUUAAGUUUUUGAAGCAUAACUGAGAAAACAUAUGGACCUAGUUCAUGAAACUUGGCCAUAAGGUUAAUCAAGUAUUACUGAACAUCCUGCUUGAGCUUCAGGUCACAUGACCAAGGUCAAAGGUCAUUUAGGGUCAAUAAACUUUGGCCAAAUUGAGGGUAUCUGUUGAAUUACUAUCAUAACUUUGAAAGUUUAUGGAUCUGAUUCAUGAAACUUGGACAUAAGAGUAAUCAAGUAUCACUGAACAUUCUGUGCGAGUUUCAGGUCACAUGAUCAAGAUCAAAGGUCAUUUAAGGUCAAUGAACUUUGGCCAAAUUGGGGGUAUUUGUUGAAUUACCAUCAUAACUUUGAAAGUUUAUUGGUCUAGUUCAUACAACUUAGACAUAAGAUUAAUCAAGUAUCAUUAAACAUCCUGUGCGAAUUUCAGGUCACAUGACAAAGGUUAAUGAACUUUGUCCAUUUUUGGGGGUAUCUGUUGAAUUACCAUCAUAACUUUGAAAGUUUAUGGAACUGAUUCAUGAAACUUGGAUAUAAGAGUAAUCAAGUAUCAUUGAACAUCUCUUGCGAUUUUCAGUUCACAUGACCAAAGUCAAAGGUCUUUUAAGGUCAUUGAACUUUGGCCAUUUUGAAGGUUAUUAUUAGAUUGCUGUCAUAACUUUCAAAGUUUAUAGAUAUUGUUUAUGAAAUGUGGAUAUAGGGGUAAUCAAGUAUCACUGACAAGUCUUGGGUCGCAUGAUCAAGGUCCAAUGUCAUUUAUUGUCAAUGAACGUAGUACUGUAUCAUUAUAUGAAUGGUGUUUUUUGUGAAAAAUUAUUUUAUAAAUUUAGUAGUUUUCAAAGUCAGCACUGCUGCUAUAUUGAAUCGCGUGAUGCAGGUGAGACUGCCAGAGGCGCUCCACUUGUUUGUUGGGGGUGACACAUGUUACAUAAUGACUAUCCAUGUGACUAACAUACAUUUUGAAUUAUCAUGAGAUAUCUAUUUGGUUUUCAUUAUGUUCAUAAAUCAACUAGAAAGUUUUGAACUAAUGUUUAUGUCCAAAAAGGGGCAAUUAGUAAAAUGUCAGAAGACCUCUUGAAACAAGUCUUUAUGGUGAAAACGGUUGUUUUUCACAAUGUUUGUUCACUGGAAGGUUAAAAGCUACUGAAAAUGUGCCAUUCUAUUGGCUGAAUGCAUUUCAAAUUUUAUGAAAACUGGCCCUUAUCAUCUCUGCCGCUUUCUAGCCCCUUUAUCGUUAAAAUUUAGUAUUAAUAUGUAUUAAAAAAUCACAGAACUGUACUACUGAUAUGUAUUUAAUACUCCUGAAGUUUGUUAAGAAACUGAUAGGAAAGUCUUUGUAGAUGUAACUGUAAUGUUAUACCUUGAAUAUGGCAUGUUGAUAUCACAUAAUAUUUAAAUUGUUUUGUUCUUUGUGCCAAGAAAUGCUAAUGUAGUGAGCAUGUAAAAUUAAUCUUGAUGUUGGAAUAUCUUGCAAUUCCGUAAAUAAUCAAAUCCUGGUGCUAACUUAUGUUCUGUUCAUCUCACCCCUCUCCUCUUUAAAGAUUAAUUUCACUUUUAGUAAUGGUAAUGCUAGAUGUAGAGUCCACUACUGCUAAUGUGAUCUCAUAUUUUUUUAUUAUUUUAAUUAGAUUUGUUUUAUCAUUUAAAGGAUUAAAAAAGUACAAUUUUCUUUCUUUCCGUCCAUAUCGUUAUGAAAAGGCCACAAACUACAGGAAAGAAGGCUGUUUGCGUGUUAAGCAUUUCUGCCUACAUUUCAAAUUUCCACUUUUCAAAUUUCUCGAGGUCAAAUAUUGAUCGAUCAGUGAAAAAAACUUGUAGCCUUAGCUCAGAAGAUAUUAUUUAUGCUGAAUGAAUAAUAAUUUUUUUUAUUUCUUGAUGAUUAUGUUGAUAUAUUGGUAAGUUGGCAUCUGUAUGUUUAUGUGCCUUAAAAUGUUUUGAAAGAAAAGAGUGAAGUCAAUGUAUUGUAAAAUGUUUUCUUGGGAUGAUAAAGUGAUGUACACUUGGUCUGUUCUGCAUCAUGUGAAACGUCUAUGCAUUAUAUGAACCGUAAAAUAUUAAUUAUAAUGAUUAAUUAUUUGUGAAGAGCAGAAUAGGAAAGCGUCAAGUGGAUAUAAAGUGACUAAAAUGUUUCAAGUUAUGUUCAGCAAUUGACUUAAGCGAUUCUUUUCAAAGCUUUUUAGUGCUUCCAGCCAUCUGCAUUGUUUAGAACCAAUUUUGAAUUACAAAACGUCCAUAUCUUACUCAACUCUGAAUCAGCUUCUCUGGGUUUAGGUGGAGGCAGGUUCUUUGCAUUUCACUUCAACUAGAAAUGGAUCAAGUCUUCAGUUUUCCUUGUAGUCAACCUGGUCUCAAAUGUAAGAAUUUUUAAUGAAUAAGUAGAAUAGAUGUUGGUGGAGUCUUGGAUUUAAGAUAUUUUAUCACUAUUGCUAAGCAUGGUUGGGAACACUAUAAUCAUUCUUACAUGAGACAAUACACUUUGCAAAAAUUUUGAUUUCUCUAAUCAUUCCCAAAUAUGAAAGGCCAACUUCAUUUUCAUCUGAUAGGCUUUAAUGCUGCUUUUGUUUUUUUCAUUUUUCUCCUUCACAAUAUUAAUUUGUUAGUUUUCAUCAUAAUUUGUUAGUUUGCAUCAUAAUUAUAAAGAGGUUACUUUGAUAAUAUGCUUUCUAUUUAUACAAUACAUACCAGGCAUUGCUGGCUUUCCAUAGUUUACAUUAAUUCCAUCAAUUGCAACUCUUUGUGGCCCGUUUCAUAAAAGACUUUCAACUGUUGUAACUUUGCCAUUAUGGCAACUACCAUGGUAACAUGGCUCAUCAGCCUAUCAGAAUCAAGGUUACCAUUGUAGUUGCUAUAAUGGCAUAGUUACAACAGUUGCAAGUCCUUUAUGAAACAGGCCCCACUAUAGAUCUCUACUUAAUGACUAGUUCAAUAUUAAUUGACAUAUGGAAAGCCAAUUUAGGUUCACAUCAACUUUUAUCCUUACACUUGCUAUAGGAUUAUAUCUCUGAUUAACUUAAAUGACAAUGAUGGGGGGAAAAUAAUCAUCUAUUACAAUUUCUCAUGACAUUUUCCAGAUUCCUUUUCACUCAUGAUUCAUGUCUUGAAUUUAAGAAGUUGACUGAAAUUCGUUGGUUUCCCCAUUUUGUUUUCUCUUAAACAGCCAUGUAGUUUUAGAAGUCUUAUCUUGGAGUUAAUUUUUAAUUAAUUUUUCCCCUAUGAAUUUUGUGUCAUGAUUUAUAAGAAGUCUAUGUUCUAUAGGAAAUUAUAACAGGUCUUGCUACAACCUUUUCCCAUUAUUUUUUUAGAACAUUCCAAGUAACAAUCUAAGUUAUCUUUUUAAGAAAUUUUCACCUCUUGUUAAAAGAAUAUCAAAAUAGUUCAUGAAAUAGUGAAUAAUAAACUGCCAUGUAAUUGAUUUAUGAUGUGCUAGAUUUUCACCAAAGUUUGCAUACAUGUAUGAAAAUUAACCAGAAUUUGAAUAUUAGAUCAAAAGCUUAGUUGUGUAAAAGUUAAUUUCACGCAAUAACUAUUUGGCUGAACAAUUUCUUAAACAUUUCUCAUAUAUUGACAUAUAUCGACCCAUUAUUUCUUAGCGUCGGUAUGGCUUAUAUUAAGUCUUGUCCAUUGUAAAAGGUUUAAAGCAGCCAAAAUGAAUGUUGUGAUAUUUAUGUUGUAUUUUUCUGCCACUUAAACUUUCCUAGCUACUUUCGUUUAAUGUGUAUAAAAGGCCUCUAUUAUUGAAUUAUAUGUCUUUGGUAAUCAUUAUUAAUUUCAUGUGAAACAGUACAUUGCUUUUCGUGAUUUCAGUGCUAUUACAGUGGAAUUUUGAUUGUUUUGUGCUGAGCCCAAUACUUUCCACCAAAUAUUAUUAAAAAGGGAAUUUCAUCCUGACCUAAAGAUGGUUCAAAUACUAAAAUCAGACAAACAAAAGACACAUAUUGGCAAAGAAUGAGAACAAAAAUAUAUGGACAGAGUUAUGGAUGUUUAAAGUUUUGAUUUUAAGACAUGUGAACAGCUUCCUCUUGUCUCAUGUGUUAUAAAUUCCUUAAAAUGACUUCUCAGAAAAUUGAAAGUGAUUUUCUACAUCAUUUCAUAAACCAUAAAAAAGAUGGGAAAUUAUGGAAUUUGUAUCAUGUGCCUUAUUGGGUAGCAACUCGCAUAUGUCAAAAAUUAAAAACUUUAAUUCAUAAUUCUCAUAUUUGAUAGAUAUAUGUCAAAUUUUCACCAUUAUGUUUUGUAUGUGUUUCUCCUUUUACUCAAACCAACUUUACAUCACGGAAAACUUCCCGCUUAAUGCUUUUGCCAGUGGCGUUAAAUUUCAGGCUAAAUAUAAUAUGAUCCACUUUCCACUGUAGUAGCACCGAGUUUGCCGAUAUCUUUCUAAACUUCUCUUGCUCAUGUUGAAACACCUCAGUUGUCAGGGUGAAUGUUCCCUUUAACACGAGUGGGACAAAUACUAUGAAGCUAAGAGUAAUGCAUUGAGUAACUUGACAAAACGCUUGGUUAGGUGAAGCUUUGGAAUUUUUCAGGAAUCCUGCUCAUUUUCUUCCCUUCUCAUUAUCGAUAGACAAAACAAUGCAGGAUUCAAGAAAGCAGCAAUGACAUCACACAUGUGGCAAAGGGACACGACUUUUGUGGGCAUACCUUUAUAGUUUGUGGUGCUACUUGAAAAUAAUAACUUGCUUGUGUUUACAUCUUGCCUCUUACACAAUGUAACAGGAUUGCUACUGUCAACGUGGUAUUUCAGUGGUCUCAAGAUUGCUAAAAUACUUGGAAUGCAAAGCUGUCAAUGACUUAUAGAACGGUAUUCUCAUUAAUUAAUUAAUCGGGUCUCCUAAGUUCAGAGAAUUAGUCCAAACUUCUACAGAAUUCUUGGUUUUGCCUUCCAUAGCUGUUUUUCACGCCAGAAUGCACUUAAUGAUUCUUUUCACUUCAGAAUUAAAUAAAUCUGUACUAUUUUUUAACUUGGCAACUAGCACUCCACAAAGCAGGGGCCCAUUUCAUAAAACUUGUCAUAAUAACAAAUUCUAAUAACAGUUCAAGCUACUGAAUUGGCUGGUGGUGAAUUUGUUAUAGAAAUUGUGCAUUUGUUUUAACAAAUGUUUUUAAAAGGGAUCCUAGUCUUAAGUUAAUUUGGGUUAACUUAAUCCUCUAAGAAUACAUAUUGAUUAUGCUCAAACAAGUAAUUAUUACGAAGUGGUAUUAAAAUAAAGGGUAUUCUUAUAAGUUACUCAGUGCCAGUGUGCUGUAUGUGAAAUGAAAACUUCAUUAAAAUGCAAAAUUUCAAUUUGAAAUACUCUGUUAUUAAAAAGAUGGUACAUUUGUAUGACAUAGGUAUCAUAUAGGUAUCAUGAUCACAUUGCUGACAUACCCAUAUCAGCAACUUUCAAGUUAUAUACAAAUGUGCUUGUUCUUGCUUCUGUAGUACUUUAUUAAUGUAUUUUGUAAGGGGAUUGGGCAACAUUUAUAGUAUCGAGUAAAUACAUGGUGCUAACCAUACAUGUAGUUAUGUAAAAGGAGAAUCUUAAAAAGUACCAACAUUCUUGCAAACCAGAUAUGCCCAUGGUUAACAUUUUGUAUCUUUCUCAUUAACAUAGUUUAGUGAUUUGGACUUUACAUACAAGACUCAUUAAUGUUUUAUGUUGACUGAAAGUCUUGUAUAAUUCACUGAACAUGAAUGGAGAUUUGAUAUGCAUUGGAAUCGUUCUUUCAUUUUGAUCCUUUUAUGACGAGAGAAGAGUAGGUUGUUAGAGAAUUGAGACGUCCUAUACAUCUUAUUGUCUUGAUUAAUUUUUUGUUUUUACUUUUCCUCAAUACAACACUGCAAUCUGCAUAUUCUUGUACAGUUCUGCCUGCGUAUUUAAAGUAAUAUGGAUGUUGAUGGUGAGAGGCGAGAGUUGUUCAUACAUUAUGCACUGCACUCAACUUGUGGCUCUCUCAAAAAUGUUUUAACAAAUGAAAUGUGUCUAUUGAAUAAACUCGCUUUAUUGCAACAAUUAA